AUGACGGGCCGUGUUCUCGCCUCUAGCCUGUCAGUGCUGCUGAGCGGACGGUUUGGUCGUAAAGUCGCGUCCGCGCAGACGGAAGCCCGUGAGUUCACACGCGCUGCUCCGCGCUCCCAGCUGCUGGGAAGCGGCGCGUUGACCGGCAGCGUGGACCGGUUCGGUGGAGUCACGGUGGACUUGGCUGAGGUGGGACUGCCGGAGGACAUCAGCGAGGACGCGUUCAGCAGAAAACUGCAAGGCUCUUUGGUUCGGUGGAAAUCAGAAGGGAAGCUGGCGGUUUGGCUGCGAGUCCCCAUCUCUCUGAGCCGAUGCGCCGCCGCCGCCUCGGCUCACGGCUUCAGCUUCCAUCACGCCAAGGAGGACCACGCCGUGCUGGCGCUGUGGCUGGGGGGCGGGGAGAGCAGGCUGCCAGGGUUCGCCACGCAUCAGGUCGGAGUCGCAGGGGCUGUUGUUGACGAGUCCACUGGGAAAGUUCUUGUGGUCCAGGACAAAAAUAAGACAAAAAACGUCUGGAAGUUUCCGGGUGGUUUGUCCGAUCCAGGAGAAAAUAUCGGUGCCACCGCCGUGCGUGAAGUGUUUGAAGAGACCGGCGUUCGCUCCGAGUUCAGAUCUCUGCUCAGCGUGCGGCAGCAGCACCACCACCCCAACGCCUUCGGCAUGUCGGACCUGUACGCCAUCUGCCGGCUGAGCCCGCUCACGCACCGCAUCGACUUCUGCACCCGCGAGUGCCUGCGCUGCGAGUGGAUGGACGUCGGCGAGCUCGCCCGCACCAGCAGCACCACACCCAUCACCUCACGGGUCGCCGGGCUGCUGCUCCUCGGCCUGGACCGGGGCUUCCACACCAUCGACCUCACCAUGGAGGAGCUUCCUGCCGUUUACUCUGGCGCGUUUUACCAGCUCUACCACAGACCGCUGCCCGACAAAUCGUAGAGCCUGGUUUGGAUUUUAGGGCUGCUGACUGGACCGGUGCACCUGAAGACUCGUGGCGCUGCAGGUUCUGACUGGACUGGUGCACCUGACGACUCGUGGCGCUGCAGGUUCUGACUGGA